AUGUUUGGUUGUGAAGCCAGAGUUGGCCUGACUUCUUCACCUCUACCCACAGAAGUUAUCACAAGGUUGGAGAACGAGGAUGAUCUCAUAGCAUCUAUGUCAGGAGAUGAUGCAACAACAACAAUAGGUUCUGCUGCUAGUUCUACUGGUUCAGUAACCACUAGCGAAGCGACUACAAGUGCCAAUAAUGAUUUUCGCUUAGACUUUCAAGUUAGUGGACCUGGUAACAAUGUUGCUGUCCCAAUCCCAGCUGUGGAUCGUGGUAGAGGAGAUCCACGGAAUAUCCUGGGUGUUAUUGUCAGCAGAGAUUUGGACAAUGACCAGCAUAAGAUUGCUGUGAAGUCGGGUGUUCUAAAGGGUCAGUAUUCUAGAAACCAGUUUGACCUCUGCCCCGAGCGUUUGUUAACAGACGAUGACGUAAAUCAGGAUACUGCAGUGUCACUUCGAGAAGCUGUUAUUGCACAAUCUGCAUGUGGUGGUCAGAGACUCAUUAGAUGCAACUGUAGUGGUCUGAAGAUAUGUUCAACAGAUGCAAGUUUUUCAAAGCUAAAGUGA